AUGCCAGAGACAGAAAAUAAAAUAAAAUCUUCAUCUAAGAUCUUAGGAGGUGUAGAUGCAGGAGGCAAGAAAGACAGUGUUGGUAAUUAUAGAAAACAAAUAAUUGCGCCUAAAGUAUCUACAGAAAAAUCUUUGAAGAUGCCAACUCUUUCAUCUCCUCCAAAAUCUUCCUCUGUUAAACCUUUGAUCUUGAGGGUAAGAAGAAAUAAAAGCUUAAAACUGCUGGCUCCUCUGAAGGACCAGAACAAGAUGUGGAGAGAUGGGACAAACAAACUGAACCUUGAAAUGUUUCCUGAGAAAACUUUACGUACUCCCAAAGUGAAAGCAUCACCAAAGUCUUCAUCCCAUUUACAAUCACGUCUGUUGUCUAAUGAAGAAGAUAAAAAGGAAGUUGUUAAGCGUGCAGACAAUGCAUUGGGUAAAUACACCUCUAGCAGCAAAAAGCUGUUGCACAUAGCAGAAGCAAAAACUGUUGGGAAAAAUCAGAAAAAGACAUUGAGAAAAGGUAAGACAGGUGUUUCUAAUGAUAAUAAUUCUUCGGCAGUGAAAAUGAAGUUCAGGUGGGGCAAGAUAGUUGAUCUCCAGCAUGAAACCAGCAGCCCUAGGAGGCUGACAUUUAGAUGGGGACGAUAUGUGGGUGAAAUCCAGGACAACAAUAUAAGAAAGAGAAUCUUUAAAAAUAAAGGAGUUGAUGGUGACAAAAGUAAUACCAUCCCUAUCUCUGGAAAAAUUGUUUUGAGGCAUCAGGAUGUGCAAGAAAAGAAAGAUGUGCAGGGUUUGUUAAAUAAUGUGAUUGAAGAGACGGCGAGUAAGCUUGUUGAAACCGGGAAGAGCAAGGUUAAAGCUUUGGUGGGAGCUUUUGAGACAGUGAUUUCUCUCCACAAUAAACCUUCUGCUGUCAGUUUCUUGAUUAACUAA